GACCCCCCAUUCUCGUCGCCGACGACGUCGUGAGAGGAGGUCUCCGUCGUCACGCAGUUAAGCUCUUAGAGACGAAAUGGGUAGCAGUGGCCAACUCUACAGUCUAUCCUGGGGAGAAUUUAGUUCUUCUCUGGCCUCUGCAGUGCAGCUAUUGAGGGGAGAUGGCGAUUUGGUGGAUGUUACUUUAGCUGCCGGUGGACGCAGCUUUCCUGCACAUAAAAUUGUUCUCUGUGCAGCCAGUCCAUUCCUAUUGGAUUUGUUAAAGAGCACGCCAUGUCAGCAUCCAGUGGUUAUGCUAGCAGGAAUCGGAGCAGAUGACUUGGAGUCUUUGCUGGAAUUCGUAUAUCGAGGAGAAGUGAGUGUCGAACCGGCACAAUUGCCUUCCUUGCUUCAGGCUGCCCAUUGUCUGAGCAUUCACGGAUUAACGUCGUCAACUAAUAUAUUAACGGAGAGUGGAGAAAAAGUUCCUGAGUCUGCGAUACCAACAGUGACGAACGAUGGAGUGUCGAGGACAACAGUCAACUCGCAUCCAUUGAAACGAAGAAAAAAGAGGAGGAAGUCAUCGUCAUCCUCUGGAAAGUGGCAAUGUACUAGAAAUACUGCUGAUAGAGAAAGCAGGCCUUUGGACGACAACAACAGAACAAUGCCUUACGAAAACAAAGAUGACGAUGCAAUGGAUCAAACUGAUGAUGCAGCGGGUAACUGCCUGGUCGGAAACUACGCGAACAACCAUCAGGGUGGCAGUCAUUCACCGCGACUUCAAGAAUCGUCCGUCGCGGACAAUCAUCAGGCGGCGCAUCAGGAUCACGUUGCGGACGAAGAGUCGCACUUGCAUACGAUGAUGCCAUUGCAAUUGCACAUACCGCAGUUCCACAGCUCCCUCAACAUGGGCUUUCCACCUGGUAUGGCGUUAUCCGGCUUGGCGGCUACUCAGGCAGCAUCGGCCAGUAUGAAUCAAUCGAAGGCGCGUGGCGCCUCCGACUGCCCGGGCGUUUGUCCACUUUGUGGCGCGACCUUACGUCAGGCGAGGAAUCUCCGUAGGCAUCUAUUGUCUUCGUGCAAAUUUCGGUUUAACAACUCGGUGACGAAUGCGAUAACGACGACGCAGAAUUCCGACGCGACAACAGUGGAGAUUAAGCCUGAGAUUGAGGGUUACAACGAUCAAUCGUCGAUGACAUAUGGGACCGACGGCAGUAACGACUGCGAACAGAUAGUCUGCAAUCCCACCUUACCUUCACCAACGUCGCACGAGCCUGAAAGCGCAAUAUCAUCGCCGAGGAGCAUCCCUCUGUCUAGUUUCGAAUUCGUUCUAGGGGAUGGAUUAUCGAAAGCACGUAGUCUGUCCGAUCAACCGGUGUCGUGUCCGCUGUGCGGCGCGAUUCUGCGUCAAUCGAGAAAUCUCAGAAGACACUUGGAGCUUCUGCACUUCGGUCUGGGCAACAGUAAUAAGUCUGGGAUACACGCGAGGCAUCGACGUGCGGCAGCGGUAGCGGCGGUCGCGGCGGCGGACAGGGCUAGUGAUUUCGGCCUGUCAUCCUUGGCGUGCGUUCGUCCCACUGCCAGACUGGACUCACAUCUCGCCACGAGAUCCUCUGAGGCCUCGGAUUUUUCUAUGGUGACACCCCUUGCCUCGUCUGUUAGUUCCGCUUCGAGCGUCAGUCUUCCAGGGAAUCUGAUAAGUACAAGUUCGAGCCUAUUGAGUUCCGGCGAUCAAAAUGGACAUACAUUGCCAGGAGCCACUCCAGUUACGUGCAGCACGUCAAUGGUGCCUCCGACUAACGGAAUCUACUCCUCGGAUGGCGGUCCCAGUAUGCUGAGCUGCCUGUUGCCGUCGUUGCCAACUUUGCCGUCCUUCUCUACGUCCCACGAUGUGUUCCGACACGGGGAAAUGUUGCGCGCGGGGAUCGCCUACCAUGAUUCCUCUCGACAGCACGUCAGGCACAUGCAGCGCACGGACGUCACCUAAUUUCGUAGACGUAGAAAAAAUCGAAACCAAGACUGACAGUAUUAACGGAACACUAAAUAGACAUCACUAAGUGUAGACUUUGCUUAUAAAAAUACGGAUAUUUAACGCGAUAUGGUAAUUAUGGACGGGUAUUAAAAAUGGCAUUAAAAAUGCCGCUAAAAUGCGGCGAGAUAGCGAUAAAAUAGUGCGACGAAUAGCAACGAUGUGUUGUAGGAAUUUUUUUACUCGGUGCUAUGUACGGAUUCAAAUAUGUACGACCUGUAGAUAAUAAAUCGUUGUUUAGUAAUAAUAAA